GUUUUUUAAUGGAAAUUGGGUUAGUGGUUAUCUUAUUAUUUGUUGUUCCGCAAUGAAUAUUAUUCCAGUAAGUAGGUUAUCACACAAAAGCAUUAAAUAGUUGAAUUGUUUAUUGUAUAAUUGUAUCUGACACUGUAACAAUGUCUUUUGAUCUCAGACACAGAAAAAAUCAUAACGAAAUUAAUGAAAUUUCAGAAGAAUCUUACGAGUUAAUUAAAACCACUUUUGAAGGUAACAGUGAAAGAUUUGUUCAAAUAGGACCUAAUAAAUAUAUCGAAAGAGACUUUUAUGAAAAAUACAAGGAUGAGUUCUAUAAUUUUGAAGUUAAAAAUGACGAUAUUUGGGUUAUAACUUUGCCAAGAUCUGGAACUACUGUUACACAAGAAAUGAUUUGGCAAAUUAUGAACAACAUGGAUUUAAAAAAUGAAAUACCACUUAUUGAACGUUAUACCUUUUUAGAGUCUGGUACGUUUUUUUCUCAUUCUUUUGUGAACGAACUUGUGGAGACUAACAAAGGUGAUGGAAAAAAAUGCGAAACAAUUAAAAAAUUGUUUACACCUGCUUGGCAACAAAAUAUUCCAGGACCAAGAUUUUUUAAAUCUCAUAUGCCUCUAUCAUUAUUACCUCCAGAGUUACUCAGUUCAGGAUGUAAAAUCAUUUACGUAGCAAGAAAUCCUAAAGACAUGUUAGUAUCCAGAUAUAAUUUCAAAAAAAUGUACGGAGAUCAACUGCCAAAAACAUUUGAACUGUUCUGGAACCUAUUGGAGAAAGGUUUAGUAACACCGACUCCUUUCUGGCAACAUAUCCAAGAAGCCUGGCAGCUAAAAGACACCAAAAACCUUCUGUUCCUUUUCUACGAGGAUCUAGUACAAAAACCUGAAAAAACCAUUUCGAAAACUUCAACAUUUUUAAACAAAAAUUUAUCGCAAGAACAAAUUUCGAAAUUGGCAGAUCAUUUGAAUGUGGACAAUUUCAAAAAUAACCCAAGCGUGAACAGAGAUUAUUACGAUUACGUGGGCAAUAAAUCGUCCCAGUGCAAUUUCGUUAGGAGGGGAAAAGUGGACGGAUGGAAGGAUGAGCUGUUCAGUUCGGAACUGGCGGAGAGAGCGGAUGCCUGGAUCCAGGAGAACUAUCGAAAAUAUGGCUUCAGAUUUCCCAACAUUCCUAUGAUUUAACAAUAACAAUAUUUUCACUAUAUCAAAGAUAUGAUGUCAGGAUAUUAUAUAUUGUUACUGUAGUUUGAGGAUUAGAUUCA